CCCCCACUUAUGUAAGACAGAUGCGGCCAGAGGGUGACACUAUUAUGUGUAAUGCGCAGAUCGCACAGCAGAUGUCAGCACAGGCUGGAGCCGGUGUCAUCGGUGUGUCCCACGCCGGGCUCCGUAGCUGCCAGCCCAGCAGCGGCAGUAGCAGUCAUGGCGGCGGCGUCCCGGGAUGUCCACGUAGCGAUCUGUCACCAGGAAAUAGUCAAAUAUGAUCUGGAGAUCAAAGCGCUGAUCCAGGAUAUCAGGGAAUGCACAGGCCCAGUAGGCACACUGAAUGAUCUCAAUGCUCAAGUAAAGGACAAGUUCCGUCUCCUGAGACUCAGAAUACAGGAUCUGGAGCAGAUGGCCAAAGAGCAGGAUAAGGAGUCUGACAAGGAAGCUUUGUUGAAGGAGAUGGAGUGUCACAAGAAGCAGAUGCUCAGUAAUCAGACUGUGUGGAGGAAGGCAAAUCUGUCCUGUAAGAUGGCCAUAGAUAACUUUGAAAAAGAUGAGCUGCUUGAUGGAGGUGAUUCUACAAGAAUGAGAAAAAUAACAAAAGAAAACCUGGCCCAGUCCACAAAUAGCAUCACUGAGAGCCUGAUGAGCAUCAGCCGAAUGAUGUCCCAACAAGUGCAGCAGAGUGAGGUUACCAUGCACACUAUAGCCACCUCAUCCAGAACCAUCCAGGAGGCCAAUGAAGAAUUUAAGUCCAUGUCUGGAACCAUUCAGCUUGGUCGCAAACUCAUUACCAAAUAUAAUCGUCGUGAGCUCACAGACAAACUGCUGAUUUUCUUAGCGCUCGCCUUGUUCCUGGCAACCGUGCUGUAUAUCCUAAAGAAAAGGAUCUUUCCAUUCUAGCUGCCGCUAACAUACUUGACCAUUUCAAUGACUCUGCACUCACUUAUUGAUGGCUGCUGGACUCAGCCUGGGUGGUCACAUGGUUUACAGGAAUGUGCUGCAUAAACUCCAACACUACAAUCCGUUUAUUUCUCAAGAAAAGGCCAUUGCACAUUAUUCUAAUGGAGAGCAGCAAAACAACUAAUUUUAAUCAUGAAGAUCUGCACAACUGGUCAAGAAUAAGCAUCUAUUUGUCACAUGUUAAUUAUUUGAUCCAUUUUAAAUAUAAAAUAAUUUAUUGAACCUAUCCAAACUGAUCAAGAAAGUGUGGCUAUUACAUGUAUUACUGGAGCUUUGGCAGCCAUAUCAGAUAGGAAUCCUAAGGUUCAUCAUCAGAAAUGUUUGUUUUAUUCCAUCUGUUAUACUUGUACAGUUCCACAUUUACAGAACUGCUUGAUAACUUGUGUUAACAUGUUGACGCUUUUUCAUAGACAAGUGAUAAUGUGUAUAAUCUCAUGUAAAUAGUUGUGGUUGAUCGAUAUUUAGGGAUAUCAUUCCUAAAUGUUUGUUGGGGAAAAUCUUUUUGUAUUUUAUUGGGUAACAUACUAAUUGUAUAUUUGAAGGAUUUUUCUUAAGGUAACUUUUAACUUCCUUAUACAUUACAAACUUUACAUUAUUUUAUAAAUAAUGCUAGAUAUACAGUAAGCUACCUAAUAACUGGACUUCUGCCUUAUACAUAGGGUUGCCAUAAAUCCCUUUAAGCUUGAACAGCUGUGACUUACACAGGUUCUGUGGCUGAUUAAAACCAGGUGAAAUGUAGGGUUGAAUUUAGUCUGCCACAGAACCAUUGUUAUUUAUAUAUGUCUUGGAUUAAAGGGAUAUUAUGGCAACCCUAAUUAUACAUAUAUUAAGCUCCCAGCGUUACAUUUGUAUAGAUAAUUUAAAGAACGCCAGUCAAAAUGUAGUUUUCCCAUAAAGAAGUAUUCCCAUGGUAGUAGGCGAAUCUGGGUGCCCCAUCUGGCAUUAAUGAAAUAUGAUAUUCUUAAACUUUGGCACUAUGGUGAGUGUGCACUGUAUCAUCAGAUGUUGAACCACUGGAAGGAACUAUUUCUUGGAACCUAAAUUCUCUUCUCAAUAAACUUAGUGUUUAACCACUGUCAUGUCAGCUGCUGCAAGAACAGGAGGUCCAUCAGACAUGAUGGGCCGGAUGUAAGGACACCUGAGUUCGGCGGCCACGUGGGCUGCUGGCCGAACUUGGAUGUUUUUCUUAAAGGGGCAAUCACUUACAAGGCAAAACUAUGCCUUGUAAGUGAUUGCCACUUUAAAAAAAGGAAGAGUUCGGCCGGCAUCCCUUCACGGCCGCUGAACUCGGGCGUCAUUACAUCCGUCCCGAUGUUCUUUAAUAAAUGAUAUUUAACAUUAUCUGAAUAUGCAGCAAAAUUUGAUCUAAAAACUAGGCAAUGACCGAUGUGAGAGUAAUUCCUUUCUUAUUAAGCUGCUGCUAAUUUACUGUUCUCUUGUAUAACUUUCCAAUGUAUACUACAUGAGCGUAACAAUAGACCUAUUAAUAGGCUACGCUGCGUACUUUGUAACUGUAGCUAGGACUCAAUUAUGAAACAAAAGGCAGAAUUUCAUCUAACCAAAAAAUGACAAAUGUGUGACCAUUCGUAAUGAGCCAAUAAGUAAAAAUACAUGUAUUUUU